AUGUCGCAGUUCCGCGCCCAGCACCCCGAGGCUUUCGCUCCUCAAGACGGACAGAAUGGCAGCACCCGCUCCUCGUCGCCUGCCCAGACGCCCUCGAGACCGGGCUCGCCCAUUCUGACAGGCCGCCGGCACUCCCAGUCUCCCGCUUCCGCAUUUCGCCGGCCAUCGAGCGCCCCUGGAAACAAGCAAGGCUCCCAGGCCGCCUAUGUUAACGGACGACGUGCCGACUACGACGAUGCCGACGACGAUGAUGAUGACGACGAUGACGAUGAGGACGAUAGCCGGAACGGCAGCCAUAAUCAUGCUAGCUCCUCGCUCACCCGACCUUCCAAGCCGCCGUUACUUCGAUCUAAGACUGAGCACGGCUUGCGACACGGCCAGGUUGAUGGCCCCGAUGAUGACCUUCUCCCCCGGGCCGUCGCGAAACAAGGCGCAAAACACGGCUUCGAAGGCCAUUAUCAAUCCGAAGAUAUAAUAUUCCAGCUUGCUAAUAAUUGGUACAUGUAUUUCACCGACAAGAGACAUGAAACAACUGGGAAGCCCAAGGUGCCUGGGUUCGUGCUACAGGAUUGGCGUAUGCGAGAUCGACUUAAGACGGUAUCCGCAGCCAUAGCAGUGUGUCUCAAUAUCGGAGUCGAGCCUCCAGACCAGUUACGGACUACGCCAGGCGCCAAGCUCGAGGCGUGGCAAGAUCCUACUGUUCCUCCCGUCUCGAAGGCGCUCGAGAAUAUUGGGAAGACACUUCAGGCCCAGUACGAGACUUUGGCGAUUAGGGCUCGCUACAAGCAGUAUCUCGACCCAUCCAUUGAAGAAACUAAGAAGUUCAGCAUUUCCCUUCGACGGAAUGCCAAGGAUGAGCGUGUAUUAUUUCACUACAAUGGGCACGGGGUGCCUAAGCCGACCGCGUCAGGAGAAAUUUGGGUCUUCAACAAGACCUACACGCAAUAUAUACCGGUCUCGCUAUACGACCUCCAGCAGUGGCUUCAGGCCCCCACCAUAUUCGUAUGGGAUUGCUCCGAGGCUGGGAAUAUCCUGAAUAACUAUCAUCGCUUCGUUGAAAAACACGAGCAAGAAGAGGAUGAUACCGCCGCAAAGGAUGCCACGUACGAAAAGAUGACCUUUCGCCCGUACAUCCACCUAGCUUCUUGCGGCGCCAAAGAAAACCUUCCAACAAAUCCCCUGCUCCCCGCUGACCUCUUCACAUGUUGCUUGACGACCCCGAUCGAGAUGGCACUCUGGUUCUUUGUGCUCCAGAACCCGCUCAAAACAAAGCUCACCCCUGAGAGGGCUAGAGGACUUGGAGGCAGGCUGCAGGAACGCCGGACCCCCCUUGGAGAGCUUAACUGGAUCUUUACGGCUAUUACCGAUACGAUAGCGUGGACGACGUUGCCGCGUCACCUCUUUCGCAAGUUUUUCCGGCAAGAUCUUAUGGUAGCCGCACUGUUCCGCAAUUUUCUGCUCGCGCAGCGCAUUAUGCCAGUCUACAACUGUCACCCGCAGUCGUUCCCAGAGUUGCCAAAUACGCGUCAACACCCUCUUUGGGACAGCUGGGACCACGCCGUUGACAUGGCAUUGGCCCAAUUGCCCAUGCUAGAGAGGAAAGAGAAGGAGGGCAUAGAAUAUGAAUACGUCAACUCGAGCUUCUUCACAGAGCAGCUCACUGCGUUCGAGGUAUACCUAGAUAGGGGCGAUGCCUUGGCACAGAAACCUCCCGAUCAGCUCCCAGUUGUACUCCAAGUGCUUCUUAGUCAGCAGCACCGGCUUCGGGCAUUGAUCCUUCUCGGUCGUUUUCUGGACCUUGGCCCCUGGGCGGUCCAGCUAGCUCUGAGCAUUGGCAUAUUUCCCUAUGUCCUGAAGCUCCUUCAAUCAGCCGCACAGGAGUUGAAGCCUGUCAUGGUGUUCAUCUGGACCCGUGUCCUGGCCGUCGACAUCUCCUGUCAGGGGGAUCUCAUCAAGGACAGCGGGUACAACUACUUUGCCGCCAUCAUGAAGCCACAGGAAACCUUCCCAGUGGUUGGCGUGGCGGUUUUGGACGAGCACAAGGCUAUGUGCGCAUUCAUCCUAGCCAUGCUGUGCAAGAAUUACAGGCCUGGCCAGAUCGUCUGCAACUCGACAGAGAUUAUGACGUAUUGUCUGCAGCACAUCAACCAUCCAGAGAACCCUCUGCUGCGGCAGUGGUCAUGCCUCUGCAUCAGCCAGUUGUGGCAGGAUCUCCCGGAAGGCAAAUGGAGAGGCAUCCGAGAGAAUGCCCACCUCAAACUCGCCUUUCUGAUCAAGGACCAGUGCCCCGAGGUUCGGGCCGCAAUGGUCCACGCCAUGACGACAUUCCUGGGGAUCCCAGACCUCACUGACGAAGUCGCGAGAAUUGAAGAGGGAAUUGCCUGGACGAUGCUGGAUCUCGCCACCGACGGCAGUCCCAUCGUCCGCAAAGAGCUCCUGGUGUUCUUCUCGCACUUUGUGCUGCGCUACGAGAACAAGUUCCUAGUCGCCGCGCACGAGCAGUUGUUGGAGGAGAAGGAGUACCUCUUAUUCCCUCUGCCAGAUGAUGGCCAGGACCACCGGAUGGGGCUGCACUACGCGAGGGCUGCGCAUCGCGACAGAGAUGGUAAGAUUCAACCGUCUGCUUUCGGUGUGGCACAUGAUUCUGUCUUCGCUGCAUGCUGGAAACACAUCAACAUCCUGAGCGUCGAUCCUCACCCCGAGGUCCAGAGAGACGCUACCGCGAUUGUGGACUUUGUCCACCACGCACUUUUGCAUUCGCCUGUUGGCGAGCAAGCUCAGAAGCUCAUAGAUGAGAUCCUCAAGCGCGCUAGGAAAGUGUCUAGAGGAGAUAUGAGCCAGAGAACUAGUGUUGUUGGGACCCACACAGCCGUUGCGCAGCCGAUGCCUUCGCCUGGCCUUCUUAAGCGGACUGCUAGCUAUCUAUUCGGCCCGCUGAUUGGCACUAUGGAGAGCCCAGCGUCAGCUGUCUUCUCCCCACCCACGUCUCCUCGCUUGCAGAGGACGCUGUCUCAGCGCAGCCGCAAAGGCCCGAGUCUGGAUGCUGCGCCCCCGGAGCAGAAUGACCAGACCACGUCGCCGGCAAACUAUCACGUGGCCAAUGAGCCAACGUGCGCCGAUUACAAGGAGCGCAGCCUCACCGAAGUGCCCACUCUGCCUGUGACGAGCACAUUCCUCGACUGGUCAAUAGAGUACUUCCGGGAGCCUCAAAUGAAGGCCCCCGAGCCCGAGGAGCCUGGAAGCAAUGAAUACAACAAACGACUUUGGCGGCGAUCACGUAACGAGGCCGUCCUCAUGGAGACGCAACCUCAGAAGACACACGCGAGGACACACAAGUGGAACAGCCAGAUCGGAGUCAUCAACAAUGGAACGCAGCCAGCCAAGAUGACGUUCCACCAGUUUGAAAAUCACGUCGCGGUUGCUGACGAUGGGAAUACCAUAAACAUCUGGGAUUGGAAAACAAACGCUCGCAAGAGCCGCUUCUCCAACGGCAAUCCCGAAGGCUCGAAGAUUUCCGAGGUGAAGUUCAUUAACGAGGAUGACCAGGCGCUCUUGAUGACGGGCUCGUCGGACGGCGUCUUGCGCGUAUAUCGCAACUACGACAGCGACGAAAAUGUGGAGCUUGCGUCGGCAUGGCGUGCGCUGACGCACAUGGUGCCGUCUAACGUGAACUCGGGCAUGGUCUUUGACUGGCAGCAGGUCAACGGGCAGGUGCUGGUGGCGGGCGACGAGCGCGUCAUCCGCAUCUGGAACGCCGGCCAUGAGAUGUGCUCGCACGAGAUCCCGGCCCGGUCGGGCUCGUGCGUGACGGCGCUGACGUCGGACCAGAUGACGGGCAACAUCUUCAUUGCCGGGUUCGGCGACGGCGCCAUCCGCGUGUUUGACACGAGAAACAGGCCCCAGGAGUCCAUGGUCCGCAAGUGGAAGGACGACAACAGGCAGUGGGUCCGCACCGUGCACAUGCAGCGCGGCGGCCAGCGCGAGCUCGUCUCGGCCAGCCGCAACGGCAUGGUCCGUCUCUGGGACAUUCGAAAGGACAAGCCGCUUGCUACCUUUGGCACAACCGCCCACCACGUGCUCAGGACCGCGAGCGUCCAUGAGCAUCUCCCCGUGCUGGCUGUCGGCACAUCUGUGCACACUGUUAGGGUUUUUGAUCUCGACGGUCGCAUCAUCUCGAGCGUGGAACCCUACUCGGGCUUUCUACAGGGCCACAAAGACACGCCCAUCUCCGUCACGGCCUUUCAUCCGCACCGCAUGCUCCUCGGCUGCGCCGCCCGCGGAGACCAUCGCCUCAACCUCUUUGCGUGCGGCAACGAGCGCGUCGAGCGCUUCGACCGCCUCAGCGAGCGCCUGACCGACCGUCUCAGCGACCGUCUCAGCGAGCGCACCAGUGAGCGCGGCUAG